CUUCAACUCCCAGAAUUCCUCGAGGCGAGGCGGAGUGACGCUAAACUGUAUAAGGAUGUGAGCGUCCGUUCGCUUCAGAACUACGGCGCCCGGCAUGCCUCGCGCGGGCUCAGGGAAGCGCUUCCGCCUGGACGAGAGCCUCGGUGGUAAACAACCAGACUCUGCUUGGAAUCCAGAUUGGAGUUUUGCACAAUCAAGCCCUCCUAAGGAAGCCGAUGCCAUGUCCCUCUCCGAGUGUUACAUUGCGGUCAAGCUCGCCGACCAGCCCUUGGCUCCUAAAUCCAUCCUGAAGUUGCCAGAAACGGAGCUGGGAGAGUGUCCCCUGGGAGGCUGCAGCAUCUCGUAUUUGAAGCAGCUCAUCACUGGAAAACUACAAGAGUCUGUUCCUGAUCCAGAACUCAUCGACCUGAUCUAUUGUGGCCGUAAGCUGCGGGAUGACCAAACGCUGGAAUUCUAUGGUAUCCAGUCUGGCUCCACAGUCCACGUCCUCCGAAAGUCCUGGCCUGAACCAGAACAGAAACCAGAACCGGUGGACAAAGUUGCUGCUGUCAGAGAGUUCCGGGUUCUGCACACUGCUUUGCAUAGCAGCCCAGUCUUCAGAGAUUCGGUCUUCAAGAUGCUGGGAAAUAAGGAAUCUUUGGAUCAGAUUAUCGUCGCUACACCAGGACUUAGCAGUGACCCUAUUGCUUUGGGAGUCUUGCAAGAUAAAGAUCUCUUCUCUGUGUUUGCUGACCCGACCAUGUUGGACACGCUCAUCCCAACCCACCCUGCUUUAGUGAAUGCCAUCGUCCUGGUUCUGCACUCUGUGGCAGGAAGCACCCCUUUGCCCACUGGAGAGAGCUCCUCGCGUAGCAUGCCUUCCAGCUCCUACCGGGACAUGCCAGGUGGCUUCCUGUUUGAAGGUCUUUCGGACGAUGAAGAUGAUUUCCAUCAGAGUACAAGGACUACACCUUCCAGCAGCACUUCUGGGUCCCGGCCGGCCUCGCUCGGCUACACGGGAGCAGCGGGACCCCGGCCUAUUACGCAGAGCGAAUUGGCGACCGCCCUGGCCCUUGCCAGCACCCCCGAAAGCAGCUCCCACACCCCGACCCCUGGGACGCAGGGACAUUCUUCAGGCACGUCCCCAAUGUCCUCCAGUGUCCAGUCAGGAACGCCCAUCACCAACGACCUCUUCAGCCAGGCCUUGCAGCAUGCCCUACAGGCAUCUGGGCAGCCAAACCUGCAGAGCCAGUGGCAGCCCCAGUUGCAGCAGUUGCGAGACAUGGGCAUUCACGAUGACGAGCUGAGUCUCCGCGCCUUGCAAGCCACCGGAGGGGAUAUCCAGGCUGCCCUGGAGCUUAUCUUUGCAGGAGGAGCCCCCUAAUAUCCCCCUUUCUCCCCUUCCUGCCUCAAGAGGCUCAGAGCCCGGAAGAUCCUUCUGCACAUGAAAUAUCUAUGUCUUGGAUGCUGUGUGGUGGUGCUGUGCCCCAUUCUCUUCGUUGUCAAGCUGCCUGGAGUCUUCGUUGUGGUUACGUUUCCUCAUUUUGCUAGGACGGGAGAGCCUUCGGAGUUGGAACGAUACUAAUUAUAACAAAAGCAACACAAUGCUUCUCUCAUCAGGAUGGAUCAAAAAAGACGAUGACUUAUAACAGCUGUAGAGACAUGCAUGCUCCUUCACUGUCUUGCAGAACUCGCUUGCUUCCUGUAUCAUUUUGUGGCUCUCCAAGUCUCGGUCACUUCUGUCCAGCUCAUUAAAGCCUUCCUGGCCCUUC